AUGGAACAAAUGUCGGAUUUGAAGCCUGAAAAUCUGAAGAAAGGUGCGGUACCAGUAAAUAAAGAUGAGAUUGUGGACCUCAUUCAAAUGAACCUGUUUGGCAGGGUGGGAUAUGGCUGUUGUCGUGGAGAUCCAUUAACAAACAAAGGAAAGAGGAUUCAGCUGUUCAAAAUCCUAUGCCUUACCGUCAUCCCAAUUUUGGGGGUUUGGGGAUUUACCAUGCAUUCGUUAACAGUCAGCGUUGAAACAAAAGCUGAUAUAGAAACGGCAAAAACCUCUAUGUCUGUGGUUGUUAUGCUAGGGGAGCUAAUUCACCACAUACAACGUGAGCGAGAUAUGAGCGUCCUAUAUCUCAGUGAUCUUGGGCCGGGUACCAAAACUUUCCUUCUAGCAGAAUACAUGGCAACUGAUGACGCUCUUCAGAAACUCACCACAUGGCCUAGAGGAUUACAGAGUAACCCGAGAGAGGAGUUUCGCAGUAAAGCGAACUUGAUGUCUUUUAUCACCCAGCACCGAGCCUCGUUAAAUCCUACAACGGCUGAUAUCUACGCAGAAAUCAAUUUUUACAGCGGCAUAACUAGCGAAUUUCUUUUAUGGUUAGUUGAGAACAUCAAAGGCUCGGGCUUUGGCUCUAUAUGGAAAACUUUGGUUGCCUACCAGAAGAUUACACGUUGUAAAGAAGACAUUGGUGUAGAGAGGGCUUACGGUGCCAUGUUCUACGCUACUGGACGAUUUGAGAAAUGGACCGACUACGAAUUCUACAAUGAAAAAAUCCACGACUUUAAAUACAACUACAAAACAGCUGUAUUUUACUCUGACGCCGUGAUUCCGUUACACACAGAAGAAGUCAACGAAAUUAAAUCAACUGGUCUUAACAUUACUGAAAUUAUUUUCGGCUAUCGUUUUGAAAUUCAAAAUAAUGAACUUAACGUGUCAUACAAAUCCUUAGAGAAAGCUAAAUGGUUUUUUGAUAAUAUAACGAUAUACCUGGAUUCUUUGCUCCAGAUACAGCUUAAGGUAGCCGCCAGAAUUACAUCAGAGGUCCAGGACGUCUUGUCCGAGGUUAUAAUCAAGACGUUUGUGUACGCUCUGAUGGUGGUCGUGGUGAUAGCCAUGUGUCCGGUGAUUAUGUUCACGGCCAACGGGUUGUCCACGGAUAUACAGCUUUACACGAUGACAUUGGUAGAGAAGUCCAAAGAGCUAAACAUGGAGAAAUACAAGACGGAAACACUACUAUACCAGAUGGUUCCAAAAACUGUGGCGGAUAAACUGAAGAGUAGUGGUUCGAUGGACUCCGAAUUUUUCAAAUCGGUCACCAUUUUUUUCUGCGAUAUUGCCGAAUUCCAUGGAAUAACCUUGACAUUGGCCCCUAUGGAGCUUGUGCGUAUACUGAACAGUUUGUACACAUCCAUGGACGAGAUUAUCGACAAUUUUGAUGUCUACAAAGUCGAGACGAUCAAUGAUUCAUAUAUGGUUGCUUCAGGCCUUCCUAGCCGUAACGGCGACAAACACGCACCGGAGAUUGCGACGCUGGCUUUAGCCAUUCUGAGUAUGAUAAGAAACAAGAAAUUUCCGUGCUCUACACAAGCUAAUGUGCAGCUUAGAAUUGGAAUCAAUACAGGUUCCUGUAUGGCAGGCAUUGUAGGGACUGUCAUGUUACGGUAUUGUCUGUUCGGAGACACCAUAAACACAGCGUCCCGUAUGAAGACAUAUGGAAUGGCAAACAGAAUUCAUAUAAGUGAAUAUACACACAGGGCACUUGCUAAAAUGGGAGGUUUUCGAAUGAAGCUUAGAGGGACACUCGAUAUAAAGGGAAAAGGACUAAUGAAGACGUACUGGAUUCUCAAUCGUUGGGAUGAAGGAGACUACUACGAUGAGCAGAAAGAUGAAUGUCCAAACCUGCCUGGGGAACUGAUGACAUACUCGGACGUGAGGAUUAGCGGCACAAACAGCGGCGCGUUCGUCACAGGGGACUCGACCGUAUCCGACGGGCAUAUCUGGAGGGAGGAAGAUGUUUUUGUUGCUGGAAUGGAGAGGCAGAGAGAGAAUAUAUCAAAUAUAAAGCCUUCACAAAGGCAUAGUGACUGCCCGAACGGUAAUGGCCGAAUUCAUCCGGAAGUUGACUUUCGACUACAGAUUUAUACAGAUAAAAAGAAUCAAAGUGACGCAGCGGACACUUGUAAACGUGAACUGAAUGGACAUCUCGUGGUUAUUGAUGAAGAAUGGAAAAUGACUAGAGUCUCAAGCAUUUUGACUUCUUGUCCGGACUGCCCUAACAGUAAUGGCCGAAUUCAACAGGAAGUUAACUUCCGACUACAGAUUUAUACAGAUAAAAAGAAUCAGAGUGACGCAGCGGACACUUGUAAACAUGAACUGAAUGGACAUCUCGUGGUUAUUGAUGAAGAAUGGAAAAUGAAUACAGUCUCAAACAUUUUAACUUCAUGCUCGGUUUUUGACAUCUUGAUAGAAGAAAUGGGAGAGGAGAUUGUAUUUGGUGAAGUGAAACUCAAUUUUAGUAUGAGUAGUACUUCAAGGUUACAGCAGUGUGAGUUUGAUGUGAUUUUACGGUUAGCAAAUGUGACAUGA